AGGAGGAGGAGGUGGUGGAGGAGGAGGAGGAGGGGGGAGCAGCUUCCUCACAGCGGAAGGAGACGACGGAUCUCCUGCAGGACAAUGUGAGCCACACAGAGUUGAUCCAACGCAGUUAGCGAGCAGCCAGGAUGGACGUGGGGAUCAUUUAACCCGGUUUAAAGCUCCGUCUCAGCCUGAAUAUUAGCAGUAAAUCCGUGUUUUUGACCCGAGGAAGCGGCCCCGGCAGCGAUGGGAGCUCUGCGCUGAGCCGAGCGGGCGGCAGGGCCGAGAGAAGCGGGAGAGAGACGGGAGAGAAAGAUGAGAAAGAUGGGUGUCGAGCUGCUGCUGCUGCGGAGCCUGUUGUUGUCCACUUUUUGUCUUCUCAUACGAGGCGUGCCGCUGCUGCUGUAUGCGAAUCGGCGGGACCUUCGGCUCGUGGACGCGGCACACGAGAAGGCCAAUGCCACGGUGGUGGUGGGGGGGCUGGAGGAUGCCGCUGCCGUGGACUACGUUUACUCCCAGGGCCUCAUCUACUGGAGCGAUGUGAGCGAGGAGGCCAUCAAACGCACCAUCUUCAACCAGUCGGGGGCCAGCGCCGUCCAGACGGUGGUCCCGGGUCUGGCCUCGCCGGACGGACUGGCCUGUGAUUGGUUAGGGAGUAAACUUUACUGGACGGACUCGGAGACCAAUCGGAUCGAGGUGGCGGAGCUGGACGGGUCCUUGAGGAAGGUUUUGUUCUGGCAGGAGCUGGACCAGCCGAGGGCCAUCGCUCUGGAUCCAGAACGAGGGUACAUGUACUGGACGGACUGGGGGGAGAUCCCUAAGAUAGAGCGAGCUGGGAUGGACGGGACGAAUCGGUCCAUGAUCAUCGAUAAAGAGAUCUACUGGCCCAACGGUCUGACUCUGGACUACAGCCUGGAGAAACUGUACUGGGCCGACGCCAAACACAACUUCAUCCACCGCUCCAACCUGGACGGCUCCUCCAGGGAGGUGGUGGUGAAAGGCGAGCUGCCUCACCCGUUCGCCCUCACGCUGUACGAGGACACGCUGUUCUGGACCGACUGGAACACCCACUCCAUCCACUCCUGCAGGAAGCAGACCGGCGGAGAGCAGCGUAUCGUCCACUCGGACAUCUUCUCGCCGAUGGACAUCCACGUCUUCAGCGCCAAGAGGCAAAACAUCUUAGCAACCAGUCCGUGCUUGAUGAAGAACGGAGGAUGUUCCCACCUCUGUCUGCUGUCUCCUCUGAAGCCUUUCUAUCAGUGUGCCUGUCCCACCGGAGUCCAGCUGCUGGAGGACGGCAAGACCUGCAGAGACGGUGCGACCCAGAUGCUGCUGUUGGCUCGGCGAACAGACUUGCGCCGCAUCUCUCUGGACAUGCCGGACUUCACCGACAUCAUCCUGCAGGUGGACGACAUCCGCCAUGCCAUAGCCAUCGACUACGACCCGGUGGAGGGGUACAUCUACUGGACGGACGACGACGUGAAGGCCAUCCGCCGCUCGCUGCUCGACGGCAGCGAAGCAGAGUUCGUGGUCACCUCUCAGGUGAACCACCCCGACGGCAUUGCCGUGGACUGGAUCGCCCGGAACCUGUACUGGACCGACACCGGGACGGACCGCAUCGAGGUGACCCGGCUUAACGGGACCAUGCGUAAGAUCCUGAUCUCUGAAGACCUGGACGAGCCCAGAGCCAUCGUACUGGACCCUGUAGCUGGUUACAUGUACUGGACGGACUGGGGCGAGGUGCCGAAGAUCGAGCGGGCUGAUCUGGACGGGAUGGAGCGCCUGGUGAUGGUCAACACGUCUCUGGGCUGGCCCAACGGCCUCGCUCUCGACUACGACGAACGCAAACUCUACUGGGGAGACGCCAAGACCGACAAGAUCGAGGUGAUGAACAUGGACGGGACGGGCCGACGGGUGCUGGUGGAGGACAAACUUCCUCACAUCUUUGGCUUCACGCUGCUGGGCGACUUCAUCUACUGGACCGACUGGCAGCGCCGCAGCAUCGAGCGCGUCCACAAACACACCGCCGAGAGGGAGUUCAUCAUCGACCAGCUGCCAGACCUCAUGGGCCUCAAGGCCACCUACGUCCACAAGUCCUCCGGUACCAACCCGUGUGCGGAGAGUAAUGGCGGCUGCAGCCACCUGUGUCUCUACAAGCCUCAGGGCGUCCAGUGCGGCUGUCCCAUCGGCCUGGAGCUCAUCGCCGACAUGAGGACCUGCAUCGUCCCCGAGGCCUUCCUGCUCUUCUCCCGCCACACCGACAUCCGCCGCAUCUCCCUGGAGACCAACAACAACAACGUUGCCAUCCCGCUCACCGGCGUCAAGGAGGCGUCAGCGCUCGACUUCGACGUCACCGACAACCGCAUCUACUGGACCGACAUCACUCUCAAGACCAUCAGCCGGGCCUUCAUGAACGGCAGCGCUCUGGAGCACGUGGUGGAGUUCGGUCUGGACUACCCCGAGGGGAUGGCGGUGGACUGGCUGGGGAAGAACCUGUACUGGGCCGACACCGGCACCAACCGCAUCGAGGUGGCCAAACUGGACGGGCAGCACCGCCAGGUCCUGGUCUGGAAGGACCUGGACAGUCCACGAGCUCUGGCUCUGGAUCCAGCUGAAGGGUACAUGUACUGGACCGAGUGGGGCGGGAAGCCGAAGAUUGACCGAGCAGCGAUGGACGGGACGGGUCGGAUCACUCUGGUGGCCGACGUGGGCCGGGCCAACGGACUCACCAUCGACUACGCAGAGCGCCGCCUCUACUGGACCGACCUGGACACAACGCUCAUCGAGUCCUCCAACAUGCUCGGUCAGGACCGCGAGGUGAUAGCCGACGACCUCCCUCACCCCUUCGGUCUGACCCAGUACCAGGACUACAUCUACUGGACCGACUGGAGCCAGCGCAGCAUCGAGCGGGCCAACAAGACCAGCGGUCAGAACCGCACCGUGAUCCAAGGCCACCUGGACUACGUCAUGGACAUCCUGGUGUUCCACUCGUCCAGACAGGGCGGCUGGAACGCCUGCGCCUCCACCAACGGACACUGCUCACACCUCUGCCUCGCCGUCCCCGUCAGCAGCUUUGUCUGCGGCUGCCCCGCCCACUUCUCCCUCAACUACGACAACAAGACGUGCAGCGCUCCGACGUCCUUCCUGCUCUUCAGCCAGAAGACUGCCAUCAACCGCAUGGUGAUCGACGAGCAGCAGAGUCCAGACAUCAUCCUCCCCAUCCACAGCCUGAGGAACGUCCGCGCCAUCGACUACGACCCGCUGGACAAACAGCUGUACUGGAUCGACUCCAAGCAGAACGUCAUCCGCCGCGCUCAGGAGGACGGAAACCAGAGUAUGACGGUGGUGUCCAGCUCUCUGGGAGGACCCAAUCAGGGUCUGCAGCUGUACGACCUGAGCAUCGACAUCUACAGCCGCUUCAUCUACUGGACCAGCGAGGUCACCAACGUCAUCAACGUCACCCGGACGGACGGCAGCCGGGUCGGCGUGGUGCUGAGAGGAGAGCACGACAAGCCCAGAGCCAUCGUCGUCAACCCGGAGAGAGGGUACAUGUACUUCACCAACCUGCUGGAGCGCUCUCCGAAGAUCGAGCGGGCGGCGCUGGACGGGACGGAGCGGGAGGUUCUGUUCUUCAGCGGUUUGGGGAAACCGGUCGCCCUCGCCAUCGAUAACGAAGUGGGGAAGCUGUUCUGGGUGGACUCUGACCUGCGGCGCAUCGAGAGCAGCGACCUCUCCGGAGCCAAUCGGAUCGUGAUCGCCGACUCCAACAUCCUGCAGCCGGUGGGCCUGACGGUGUUCGGGAACCACCUGUACUGGAUCGACAAGCAGCAGCAGAUGAUCGAACGCAUCGACAAGACCACGAGGGAGGGACGCACCAAGAUCCAAGCUCGCAUCGCCUACCUGAGCGACAUCCACGCCGUCCACGAGCUGGACAUGAGGGAGUACAGUAAACACCCGUGUACGUGGGACAACGGCGGCUGCUCCCACAUCUGCAUCGUGAAAGGAGACGGGACGACUCGCUGCUCGUGUCCCGUCCACCUGGUGCUGCUGCAGGACGAGCUCUCCUGUGGAGAGCCCCCUACCUGCUCCCCGGAGCAGUUCUCCUGUACCUCAGGGGAGGUGGACUGCAUCCCUCAGGCCUGGAGGUGCGACGGUUACCCCGAGUGCGACGACCGCAGCGACGAGAAGGACUGUCCCGUCUGCUCCGAGUCCGAGUUCCAGUGCGACAGCCGCCAGUGCAUCGACCUGAGCCUGCGCUGCAACGGAGAGAUCAACUGUCAGGACCGGUCCGACGAGAACAAGUGUGAAGUACGUUGUCCUCCGGACCAGUUCACCUGCUCUAAUGGUCAGUGCAUCGGGAAACACAAGAAGUGCGACCACAACAUGGACUGUACCGACAACUCUGAUGAGAUCGGCUGCUACCCGACAGAGGAGCCUCCUCCUCCGUCCAACAACACCAUCGGCUCCAUUGUGGGCGUCGUCAUGGCGCUGUUCGUGGUGGGCGCCGUGUACUUCGUGUGUCAGCGCGUCCUCUGUCCGCAGAUGAAGGACGACGGCGAGACGGUCACCAAUGACUUCGUGGUCCACGGUCCGUCGUCGGUGCCGCUGGGAUACGUGCCGCAUCCGAGCUCGCUGUCCAGCUCGCUGCCAGGGAUGUCCAGAGGGAAGUCUGUGAUUGGCUCCCUCAGCAUCAUGGGCGGGAGCAAUGGGCCGCCUUACGACCGCGCUCACGUGACCGGAGCUUCGUCCAGCAGCUCGUCCAGCACCAAGGGAACCUACUUCCCCCCGAUCCUGAAUCCUCCUCCGUCUCCGGCUACAGUUCGCUCUCAGUACACCAUGGAGUUUGGUUAUUCCUCCAACAGUCCCUCAACACACAGAUCAUACAGCUACCGGCCCUACACCUACCGCCACUUCGCCCCCCCCACCACCCCCUGCAGCACCGACGUGUGCGACAGCGACUACACGCCGGGACGUCGGGCGCCGCUCAAGUCCGGCACCGCCACCGCUGCCAAGGGCUACACCAGCGACCUCAACUACGACUCGGAGCCUUUCCCACCGCCGCCGACGCCCCGCAGCCAGUACCUGUCGGCGGAGGAGAACUGCGAGAGCUGCCCGCCGUCGCCUUACACCGAGCGCAGCUACUCCCACCACCUCUACCCGCCGCCGCCCUCGCCCUGCACGGACUCCUCGUGAGCCCCCACAAUUCCCCUCUCCGCACAGCUCCGCCCCCCCCUCACUGUAAAUAGCAAUUGUGCAUAUAUGAGGUUAAAAACGGGAGACUGAUGAAGAGGAGGAGGAGGAGCGGCGCCGAACAGGAAGCUAACGGGUGCUGCAGAACAUUUGUACAUUUAAAAAGAGAAAAAGCAUAUUUAUAUAUUUUCUAUACAGUGUUUACUGAUGACGCCAUAGAGGUUUGUAUUAAGAAAUUUGUACAUUUUUUUAAGAAAAGGUUUUAUUAAAAUCAUCACAAAUAUAAGUUGCCUUAAACCCGGAGAAACAGAGGCUGAAGGACAAAAAGCACAGCGGGACGUUUAACUUAUCUGAUGCCAAAUAUGAAAAACAUCAACUGGAGAAGAAGAAGAAGAAGAAGAAGAGCGCCCCCCCGGAGGCUCGGCGGUAGCUACCAUGUAAACUGGAGAAGAAGAAGAGGAGCGCCCCCCCAGAGGCUGGGCGUGGCGAUAGUUACCAUGGAAACUGGAGAAGAGGCCCGUGUGAGAGCGCGGUACGCGGUCUUUGAUUUAAAUUUACCUCCUCAGUUACGAAGCGGUUCGUAGGAUCGUGUCUGAUGUGGACGUGAGUCAUGUGAUCAACCACGAAGCAAUAACACGAGGAGGCACAUAUUUAUUACCCAAUCAAUCAAUCAAUCAGACCAGCAGCCACUCUGAGAGUAUUGACGAGUCUGCAGCUCAACAAGUUUGAUUAAACACUACAGAGGCCCUGUGGUAUGGAAGCCCAAUUACGCCAGUAAAAUAAAAAAAUAAGAUGAAAACUUGUACUUGUAAUGAAAGAAAAAAGAUCCUGUAAGUCAUUAUAAUGACUUAGUAUCUCAAAAUAAUGACUUAAUAUCUGAAAAUAAUGACUCCAUAUCUCAAUAUAAUAAUUUUGUGAACAUUUCUCAUUAUUUCAAGAUACUAAGUCAUUAUUUUGGGAAGGUUUCUCAUCAUUUUGACUAGUUCUUGUUCUUGUCCCGUCAUGGCUUCCAUACAAUACAUUAUUUUGAGAAAGAUUCUCAGUAUUUUGACAAAGUUUCUCAUUAUUUUGAGGUACUAAGUCAUUAUUUUGACUAGUUCUUGCUCUUGUCUCAACAGGGCCUCCGUACAAAACAUUAUUUUGACAAAAGGCUCUCAUUAUUUUGAGAUGCUAAGUCAUUAUUUUGAGAAAGUUUCUCGUUAUAAUGACUUAAAGGAUUUGUAUUCUAUUACAUUGGCGGUAAUGGGUUUCCAUGCUGAAAGGACAAAACGUUUCUAGACACGAUCUCAAGAAGAUCUGAAGACAAUUGGCCUCUUUUGGUUGGUUGUUUUUAUUUUUGUUGCACUAGAAACUGGUUCUUGCUCUUGUCCCCUCAGGGCCUCCGUACUAAAACACGUUCUGGCCGUUAAAGAUCAGGCGUCACGUGACUAAAGAUCAGGCAUCACGUGACUAAAGAUCAGGCAGCAAAUGACUAAAGAUAAGGCAUCACAUGACUCGCGUCCUCCGAUCAUCGUGAUGUUCAGACGGGAUUUAAAACCAAAACGUACGCUUGUGUUUCACGUGUUCUUGUUGAGAUGCUCGACUGCAACCGUGUGUUUGUGAAUCGACCCAAAACUGCACAGCGAACACGUCAUCAUCAUCAUCAUCAUCAUCACGACAUCAUCAUCAUCAUCAUCAUCAUCAUCAUCAUCAUCAUCACGCCUAGUUUCUGCAGCGUCUCCCACCAUGAACACGACCUUGUGCCUGACCAGUUCCACGUCUUCAUAACCUUUUUAUUUUAUGUUUUAUGUUGUUGUUAUUUGAGGAAACCAGUGCCCACUAAAUGCUAUAUAGUAUUUUUGUACCACAUAUUGUGUAGAUAUCGUAUUUAUAAGCUAUAUAGAAAAUCAUUGUAAAUCUCUCCAUCGAACUCUCGCAGUACUUUUCAUUCCGUCUUUUUUUAUAUUUCAUUAUAUUUUUCUACAGAGUUUCACUCCAAACGUUCGGUGACAAUCUCAGAUCAGAAGAACAUAUCCAGGUUUUUAGUGUCUGUUUGUGACAAAAAUGACUAAAUGGAGGCAGAUGUUGGGACCAGAGGUGGAACAUCAGGCGGCUCGUUGCCUUGACGAUCGAGUCAACAAUCAGUUUUUAUUUUGUAAAUCUCUUCGUGUGUUUGUUCUCGUGACGACCAGAAAUAUAUUUUUCAAGAUAACUUCGUCGCAUCGUCCGAUAAUCGUCGUCACGUUUUAACUUCCUGUCGUUCAAUUUUGUUGUUGAGAAGAAUUAACACCAGCAUGAGUCUGACAAUCACGUCACUUUUAUUAGUGUAAACUCAUUUUAACCGGCUUCACUUUUAAAUUACACUCAAAGAAACAUCUUAUGUCUUAAUGAGACGUUUUUAAUUUACAAAAACAGGCUGAAAUAAUUCAUUUUUUCAGUAAACUUUCCCUCAUUUUACGGCUUUUGUAGAAACUAAUAAAUUCUAGAAAGACAGAAUUAAUCGUCACAUAAUCUCUUAUAAAAAUCAGAUUUUUGGACACUAAUAUAAUUUUUUUUACAGUGAGUCAUCAGAAAAUCAAAUUUAAAAUUUUGUUUUUCUGAAUAAAAAAUAACAAAUAUCAGUGACGAUCUUUAGAGCUGGGUGUCGUUAAAAACUUAAGUUUUUUGGUACAAACACGAAAAAUCCUUUUUAUGAUACUUUGAGAAAUAUAAAAAAUGUUUUUAAUUAAACAAAAGAUGAAUUUCCAAACAUUAAACAUGUAAACAGAAGCAGCCGAAACAGGAAAAAAUAUGAUUUAAAUCAUUUUAGUACAGUUUUUGACAGUUUUGAUACUACAGACACAUUUCUCUCAAUAAUAUAUAAUAUAUUCAUGUGCGAUACCCAGCUCUAAUAUUCAGUCUUUAUUUUAAAAAAAAAAAUGUAAAUGGUGCCAUCCUGUUGAGAUAAUUCCUCUUGUUUCAAGAGAAAUUAUAGUAAUUUUUUAGAAAUAAUUGUCUCUAUCUAAAGAAAGAAAACGGCAGCUGGUCUCUUAUUAAUUAAAAUAUAUUUGAUCCGAGAAAAACAGAAUUAUUCGAAGCCAACUAAGUUCUUAUUUUUGGUGUCUUGUGUACACAAAUUAUUAACUGUUAAAAUAAUGUAAUACAAGUUGUUUAAUACUCACCAAUUAUCAUCUUGGUGCGCACAUUAUUGAUUUGGAUGCAAAAGUUAUUAUCUUGGGUGCAAAAGUUGUUUUGGUGCAGAAAUUAUUCAUUUUGAGGCGAAAGUUAUCUUAAAAAAUAUUGUUAUAAUUAGUUUGCCCAAGGUAAAGAUUAUUUUGUGUGCACAAGAUAUUAAAACGUGUUAUCUUUAUUGACUUCGGCUCCGUAGAAUGAUGUUUAUAAUUUCACCAAACUGACUCCAGUUUUUCUUUCUUUUUCU